AUGGAGAUAUUAUGCCCUCAAACGAAUUGCAAACAAAAUUGACGAUACCAACGCCGAGCCUAGCUUUCAAUGUCGUGAGAUGUGGCUGCCGCUUUGUUCGAAAAUUUUCCUCCACACUGCAGUCCGAACAGCUGGUUCUAGUUGAAUCCGCAGAUUCCGGUAUCCGUGUGUUAACUCUCAACAAUGAAAAGCAGGCCAACUGUUUAUCACUAGCAAUGAUACAUGAACUUCAUUCAGCUAUUAAACAAGUGAAGGAAGUGAAUGAAAUACGUGCUGUGGUCAUUCGUGGGGCUGGACGUUUUUUCUGUUGUGGUCACGACUUAGGCGAGUUUGUUGGGGAUAACGAUUCCAAAUUACCGGCUACCGUAUUCACCGCAUGUGCCAACAUGAUGAUCGAUUUAGCCAACUUGCCAGUACCUUCUAUCGCAUCCGUGGGUGGUAUUGCCUACGGUACUGGCUGUCAGCUUGUCGCCACCUGUGAUAUGGCUGUUGCCGGACAGUCUGCGAAAUUUGUUGCUGCUCCGAUAAGACUUGGCCUCUUCGGCAGCACUCCAGGUGUUGCACUUGUUCGUGCGAUAGGAAUGAGGGCGACCAAAGAACUUUUAUUCACUGGUUGUACCAUUGAUGCCGACCGAGCUUAUGAGCUGAAUCUCGUAAAUCACGUCGUUUCGGAUGACCAUUUGUUGGAAUACACAUUGAACUUGGCCCAAGAAGUAGCGAAAAACAGCAAACCGGUGAUGGAAAUGGGCAAACGUGCCUUGCAUGCUCAGAUUUCAACAAGGCGAGUUGCUGUCCCUCUUGGACGAUGUGGCUUUGGCUUGUUCCGGCACUUAUCCUCUACAACACAACCUACACAUUUAGUUUUGACUGAAGCUAUGGAUGCGGGUGUCCAUGUGCUCACGCUAAACAACGAGAAGCGUGCCAAUUGCUUGUCACUAGCCAUGAUACGUGAACUUCACGCAGCCAUUAAACGAGUGAAAGAAAUGCCUGAAGUGCGUGUUGUCGUCAUCCGUGGGUCUGGACGGUUUUUCUCCGCCGGGCAUGACCUGAAAGAACUGAUGCAAGAUAAAGGUUCCGGUAAAUGGGCUGAAGUCUUCUCCGCUUGUUCCAACAUGAUGGUGGAUUUGGCGAAGUUGCGUGUUCCGUCGAUCGCAGCAGUUUCUGGUCCUGCGCAUGCUGCCGGAUGUCAAUUGGUCGCCACAUGUGACAUGGCUGUUGCCGGUACUUCAGCAACGUUCGCAACUCCUGGCAUUAAAAUCGGUCUGUUUUGUAGCACACCAGCUGUUGCUCUAAUUCGUGCCAUAGGAAUGCGCCCAGCCAAGGAACUCUUAUUCACCGGACGCGCAAUAAGCGCCACGAGAGCCUACGAACUCGGGCUUGUGAACCGCGUUGUUCCAGAUGAGCAGGUGCUUGAUUCCGCGUUGGAGUUGGCCCGGGAAGUCGCACAGCACAGUCGACCAGUGUUAAUAAUGGGCAAACAGGCCCUUAAUGCCCAGGCCUCGUUGGAUAUUGAGGAAUCGUAUGAUCUUGCCACUCAGGUGAUGUUAGAAAAUUUGGAACUGAGUGAUGCACAGAAAGGCAUUCAGGCUUUCCUAAACAAAGAACCAAUGCCUCAAUGGACCCACAAAAAGGACUAGUCAUUUCAUAAUCUUCCCUGCGAUUUUUCAAUAGUUUUAUAUCUUAUCUUGAUCGGCCUUUCAAUAAAUUUUUCUAUAAAUUGUAU